AUGAAAACCCACGGGCAGAGAACGCACCCCCCGCACCCUUUCUCCAGAACGAACGUCCCGCACCCUUCCUUCGCGAAUACCCUUCGCGAGCAGAGAACCCGUUCCGACCUCAUCUCCCUUUCCUCCAUCUCCGACCUCUCAUCUCCGACCUCUAUUUCAUUUUUUUUUUCCUCACCCAGACCCCGCACAACGCUCUCUGCAUCAUCUCCCACCCGUCUACCCCGUUCGGCGCAGCCAUCUCCCCCAGCCCCACGAGUUCGAGCACCACCAGUCUCUCUACCAUCUCUCCGUCGUCGGACCCAAGACGAACUGCGCAUACGGAGGAUAAUGACGGGCAUCGAUUUUUCACGUGUCAAAACUUUCAGGCUGGGUAUUCUUGCGGAUAUUUUUGUUGGUAUGACCCAGAAAUACUACCAUAUGGGGAGAAGAAAAUCAACCGUUUGAAAACCGAAAUUGAAAAGAUACAACUAGCAAUGGAUGUCCAAACAACUCGACGUCGACUAGAAAUAGAGAUUGAGAGGCGCAAGAGAAAUGUUGAGAGAGUCAUUGUAAUUUUAGUAAUUUCAAUGUCAUGGGUACUUUGUUUAGGCUUAUUUUUUGGAGGAAAUUCUAAGACAAUAUGUAAUGUUUGAAUAUGUAAUCUUUGAAGUUAAUUUCAAUGUCAUGGGUACUUUGUGUAGGCUUAUUUUGAGGGAAAUGCUAAGACAAUAUGUAAUCUUUGAAGUUAAUUUCAAUGUUAUGGGUACCUUGUUUAGGCUUGUUUUGAA